AUGCAAGUAAGACCCUUAAAGAGUAAAAACAAGACGGAGGUUGCGAGCGCACUAAAAUCGGUGUUAAAUACUGAGGAUGCUAAAGGUUUAACUCACCUCUUCACCGAUGCAGGGCGAGAGUUUGUAAAUAAUACAGUGAACGGCUUACUGCGCGAACAUAAGAUGCAGUGGUAUACCACGCAUUCGAAGGAAAUAAAGGCUAGCAUUGCAGAGAGACACAUCAGAACCCUCAAGGAACGCAUAUAUAAAUAUUUAACCUUAAAAGAUACGCUGAGGUAUAUCGACGUUCUCCCGGAUAUUGUUUUAGCCUAUAAUGAGCGCGCGCACGCGGGUUUGAAAGGCGCCGCGCCACUGGACGUGCACCGCCAUUACACGCGGGCGCAGUGUCAACGUCUCUUUCGACAAAUGUAUGCUCGUUCAUUGAAUGUGCAUAUAAAAAAGGACCGAUCGCAUGCUAGCAAUCAGAAUAUAAAGGUUGGGGACACUGUGCGCAUCGCAGCGCGCUCUCGUACCGACGCAUUUCGCAAGGGAUAUGAAAUACAAAAUACGGAGGAGAUAUUUAAAAUUCGACAGAUUGACAAUCGUCAGAACAUAGUCGGGUAUUAUCUGGAAGAUUUAAGCGGCGAAGAAGUCAAGUCCACGGUCGACCGACAUCUGACCCACCUGGUCUCUGACCUCACCUCGAACGGUAAUGAUACUAACAAGAUUAAUGAUGGUGUCAACAAGAACAUAUUAGAAUCGCCUCCGGAUAUCGCCAUGGCAGCUAAAAAUACCAAGCGUGUGUAUGUAAGACGCAAUAACGACAUAAACAUGAGUGAGAACGGAGAACUCUUCAGCAACGCGUCCUCGCGCGCGAGCACAAGCAGUGCGUCCAACAACAGCAACACCAGCAGCGACGAUGAAGAAAAUUCAAAGUUCUAG